AUGGAUUUUCUAACGAAGGAUCUCCUUCUGAAGAAACGCACCUCUUUUUCUUUCCUUUUCGGCUCUAACAGACCGACCUUUGCCCUGCACAAUGAGAGCCCAGAAGACCAACCCCCGGGAUACUAUGACGUCCCUCCCAAGAAAGAAAACAAGCCUGCCGCUCCUCAGAUGGCAUCUGAAGAAGAUGAGGAUACCCUUCAUAGCACCCGCCAAGAACUUUCCUCGGAAUUGGAAGCCCAGGUCCGCUACGCCUGUUCCUUGCUAGUAUACCGCAUUGAACAAGGCAUAUCUUCGAAUUACUCCCCCAACCGCGCCAAAGCAGUUGCAGCAGCCAGAAGGAAGCGCGUCUCGGCGGUAACAGCUACAUCCACGAUUUCAGGAUGCGAUACUGCUGCGGCCGCGCAGAUUGAAACGAAGUAUCUCCUCUCCAGCACGACUAAAAAGCUCCGGGAUGGGGUGAUGGGGCGGCUUGGAGGCGGAAUCUUCGCUCGGGAUGGUGGUAUCAGUAUUGAUGGCGAGAAGCAUGAUUCGGGUGUCGGAUUGACGCAGCAGCCGAGUAUAGCAACGAUGCGGGAGGGACAACGUUCGAAGUUGGGCUCCUCGCACUCGAACUAUACCGCAGCCCAACCAUUGGAGUCUGUUACAGCGGGGAAUCUAGACAAGGAAGCAACUGAGGCUAUAGUGGGAGGGGAGCACAGUAUGAUCGUUAGCCCAAUAUCACCAACCGCACCCGAAGGAGAAGAGGACGUGAUCAUUAGUCCAAUAACUGUAUCAACCACUACCACCACAAUCGCCAACACCACCGGAUCAGGAAGCACAGUCUAUCGGACCGUGCCAACGAGUCUAUCGCCGACGGACAGCAGCAACCACGCGACGAGCAGCGAAGAUACAAACCCGACUUCUUCUCGCGAACCCAACCAACAUCAACACCGUUCAGAAUUCCUGACCCGAGGAGCAGCAGCUACAGGAGAAGAGACAACGCAGUGCCGACGAGACCAAGACACCGCCGUAUUUCUCUCUCCCACGGACCCAGCGCCUGACAGGCAAGCCCAUUCCGCAACCGCAGACGAGAACCCCGACCUCACGAAUGACUCCGACGUAGAGGUAUUCCUUGACCCCGAGACCGCAGCCGAAUACAUCACCUCCUCCGCAGGAGGAGUAGGGGGCGUAGGAAUCUCGCUCCUGACAACCAGCACCCCAAGUCUCGGUCUGACCAUAGACCCAGCCUCAGCCCGACAAUCCCGAGUCUACAUCCCACCUGCGCCUGCCACCAUCAACAUCGACGCAGGAGCCAACCCCACCGCCACCGAGGAAGACGCUUCCAAAAUCAAGCGCAAAUUAACAUACACACCGACCUACCCCUCGCAGCUCCCCCAGCUCCAAAACCUUACCACAAUGACCACAGACCAAACGGAGGGAGAAGACGAACCCCCGAUCAUAAUCGACACAAACGGCAACGCCCACGUCAUGAACCGGGACGAGGAGCUCGAACGAGACCGAGGGCUCCAGCAAGCCGUGAUGACAAAGAUGCAGACAGGAAGCAUAUUCCUUGUGUCCCCUACCGAGGACACCCCCGAAGAAGCGGUGGGCAGUUCCAGCUCAGAUGAGGCGCAUGAAUCAAACCACGGAGCUAUCACGAAUCCGGCUCGUGGCGAUGCAGAUGCGGAAGCCGAAACCCCAGGCCCGCUCCCCCGUCUCCCUGAACCAACCUACACCCCCUUGCCACCCCGGCGCCCAGGCACCAGCGCUUCAAGGUUGAAGACCUCCUGGUCGGCGAUCAGCCGUUCCACGGCUUCUGUGUCUGGGAAACUAAGACGGAAGUUCCGGAGGGGCGGAGAUGCAGGAAUUGACGACGAUGAUGAUGAUGAUGAUGAUGACUCCUUCGUGGAGCUGGAGAGGUCGAGGCCGAGGUCGAGGAGUCAAGCGAAGACACCGACGUUGCUCUUCAAGCGAUUAGCGGGGUGGUUGACCGGUCGAGGGAGUUCCAAGACAGCAGCAGCAGCAGCAGAGAAUGAAGAUGUUCCGACGACAUCGGGACUGGAAGGUGUCGUCCCUUAUCAGGGGACUUGAACCAUGAAUGAUGAACAAUAUCUGAGAUGUUGAAACGCGAAACAGGACCCUCUGAAAUGAACUUCGUGUAUGUAUGUAUGUAUGCCUGCCCUGUUUUGCUAGGAUUGGGAGUUUUGGGC